AUGUCGUCAAUUUACAACCUCGAGCCGCAACCGACGGCGUCAGUUAUUUUGCAUACGACACAAGGAGAUAUUUCCGUCGAACUUUUCGCGAAGCAAACGCCACUUACCUGCCGCAACUUCCUUCAGCUGGCCCUCGAUGGCUACUACGACAACACCAUAUUUCACCGUCUGGUUCCAGGUUUCAUUUUACAGGGAGGCGAUCCGACCGGCACCGGUAAUGGAGGGGAAUCGAUCUACGACGGAGGCGCCUUCAGCGGCGAACUGGAUCCUUGGCCGAUGGACCAGCGACGAGGACAAAAUGCUGGCCUCACUGGUGUUGGAUUUAAAGACGAGUUCCACUCGCGGUUAAAGUGGAAUCGGCGUGGACAGCUGGGCAUGGCGAAUGAGAGUAAACCCGAUACGAACGGUAGCCAAUUCUUCUUCACUCUCGACAAGGCCGAGGAACUGAACAAUAAGAACACAUUGUUCGGACGAGUGGCGGGCGACACAAUCUACAACUUGGCGAAAAUGGGCGAGGCUGAAGUUACCCCUGGUACCGACCGACCGACUUAUCCUGUCAAGAUCACGAGCGUCGAGAUUCUCGUGAACCCCUUCGAGGAUAUGGUGAAGAGAUCGAGGAUCGCAACCCAGGUGCCGAAGGCUGCGGCUCCCGAAAAGAAAAAGAAGAGGAAAGGAGGAAAACAAUUAUUGAGCUUCGGAGACGACGAGGGGGACGCCGAAGAGGUCCCAGUCCUGAAGAAAACCAAGUUCGACACUAGAAUUGUAAUGGAUGUGGAGGAAGAGGAAGGAGAAUCCAUGGAGAAGAAGUCAAAAGCAAGGUCAAAGGCCAAGGCGAAGGAGAAGAAGAUGGAAUCUGUUACCCCUCCUGCAAGACCUGAUUCCAGACCUACCGAGACCGAGGAGAUGAGGACGGCAUCGAAGGAUUCUUUGUCACCACGGAAGUGGAGCGAUAUUCCCAUUCGGGCGCAGGACAGCCCGUCGUCCGAGGUCAAGACACUGAAGCCCAAGUCUGCUCUCGAGAAGGCAAACGAGGACAUUGCUGCGCGCGAUGGUUCAAGGGAGCGGAGUUUCCAGGCCGAACCAAUCAAAGAGACGAAGAAAAGUGCUCUCGAGAAGACAAAUGAGGAAAUUGCUGCGCUCAAGGCUUCGAUGAAGCGGACUUUCCAGACCGAACCAAUCAAAGAGACGAAGAAGAGUGUUCUCGAGAGCAUGAUCCCGGAAACAUCAAUUAGAGGUAGGAAGAGGAGGCAUGGUGGAAACACGAGCGCUCGUGAUGACCAACAGGCUCUUGAUUUUCUGAAAGCCUUCAAAUCAAAGCUCGAUCAAGCUCCGGAAGACAAGGGCAAUGGACCCGUUUCUGUCGAUCAGGAAGAUAACGGAAGAGAAAAACAUGGCACGAAGGUCGACGAGGAAGCGGAACUGUGUGAUUUGCAUUUCAUCGCCGAUUGUCAGAGUUGCAAGGCGUGGGACCAAGCUGCAGAGGAAGAUAGCGACGACGAGGGAUGGAUGUCUCAUGCACUCAGUUUCAAGGCAGACAAGCUGGGCAAGGACCUGAAUUACCGCAAGAAGGCAGAAGAGGAGCUGGUGGUGAUUGAUCCCAGAGAAAAAGCUAGGACACUCCAGGAAGACAGGAAGGCAUCACGAGAAGCCCGGAGCGGAAACUCCGGGCGGGAAUGGGAUCAGGCGCGGAAUGCAAAGAUGGCGAGAGCUUCGGCUCUUGCGGGCAGAGGAGCCAGGUAG